AUGCAACAUUGUGGAACCGGGUUAGAAGAAGCAAGUGCCCCGGAUGACUUUGAAUCGCACCAAGCGAAGCGACGGUCAAGCGCUCGAGCCAAUAUGGACGAAGAGCGAAAGGGCAGUGACGAAGAUAACGAGGAUGCUACACCUCAAGUCUUUUGGAGAGCGAGUGCCAACACAGUCGAAUUUACUGACAUUUCCGAGCCGACAACGUUUGAAGAUGCUGUUGGUGGACCAGAUCAAGUGCAUUGGCGUAAAGCAAUCUGUGCCGAGCUGGACUCGAUGAAACUUCGUGGCGUGUUUUGA